CUUCACCAGCUUACACGGCCGAUCCAUCUUCCCUUCACGUGUGAUAACCUCCUGUGUUGACAACGUGGUCAAAGAGAAUCAUCUUACACCGGUAGUCCUGAGUGGUGGACGAUGCGUGUGGUGGUAGUGGUGCUGGUGUUGUCACUGGCGGCUGUGACUUUCUCCAAGGUCAAGGAUGAAACAUCAAGUAGGAAGGUGACCAAGACGGAGGCUGAGGAGGUCGUGGUGAAGGAAGGAAGUGGUGACGGAGACGAUAAUAAAGGUAGGAGAGACACACGAGGCAAGGAAGAAGAUGACACACAUACCAAGAGCGAGAAAAAAAGUAAAAAGAAAGGAAAUAUAAAAAAUAAGACCAUCCUCAGCGUACGUAACAAUGAAGGAAAAAGUGGAAAAGUUAAAAAAGAAAAAAAACAAAUAAUAAAAAAAGAAAAGGAGAGGAAGUCAAAGAAACAAGUUAAAACAGAUGAGAAUAAAUUACCAAAGAAGAAUGGUCAAGUUAAGAGACAAAAUAAAAAAUUGAAAACAAAUACAAACACGGACAAAACAAAGAAACCAAAUGAAUUAAAAAAUGAAAAGGGUUUAGGAAAAAGAAAAAAGUUGAAAAAUGCAAAAGGUUUAGAUGAAUCAAGAACGGAAAAUAAAUUAAAAACAAAGAAGAAACCAAGGAAUAAGAAGACAAAGAAAGGAAAGAAACCAAAUAAUCGAAAUGAUGCAGGAAAUAAUGAUAACACUGGAACAGAUGAAAAACAACAUAAAAAUCCGAGAAAGUUGAAGAAAUCGGGAAAUACAGAAAACAGAAAGACUAGGAAGGAAGGAAAAGAGAAAUCUAAAUACAGGAACAAAAAUGUAAAUGAACGAGAAGAAAUUGCCGAUGAAAACAAACACAAGAACACACAAAGGCAACCUAAAAACAACAAACGAAAGAAUAAGAACAAUAAAGCGAACAAUGAAAAUGAGAACCAGGGAAUAGUAAAGGAGAAGAGUGAAGGUGGAAAGAAGAAGAGAGUUAGACAAAGGGUAAAAGAAGAACAAGAACAGAGGAUAAGAGAGAAACUCAAUACUCAAGGCAGGACAAAAGUCGGAGACAUCAAGUUCCUGGAGGUGUGUGACGGCAAGUACAAAUUGAAGGCCGGAGAGAGUGUCGUCAUCUACACUCAAAACACAAAAGAUAAGAAGAGGUGUUCUACCAAUAUCAAGGGCCCGAAAAAGUCUGAGCUCAUCUUCGACUGUCCUCAGUUCAACUUCAACAGUAAAGGCUGCAAGAAGGAGAAGUUAACCUUGAAAUACAAAGUCAAGAACAAGCAGGAGAAGACAACUUACUGCAAAAGCGACUCGCCUCCGGCCAAAACUCUCAAGACUAACAAGUUGAACUUGAAUUAUAACCGCAAGAAGCUGAAGACGAAAGAGACGUCAGAAGGUCUCAUCUGUAUCGCCACUGUUAAGUUAGCUGCAUCUGAUGAGACGACUCCAGCGCCUGUCAUUAACACCACUCCUUCGACUAAUCAGACAACUUCUACUAAUCAGUCGACCCCAACUAAUCAAACAACCCCAACUAAUCAGCCGACCCCAACUAAUCAGACAACCCCAACUAAUCAGACAACCCCAACUAAUCAGACAACCCCAACUAAUCAGCCGACCCCAACUAAUCAGACAACCCCAACUAAUCAGCCAACCCCAACUAAUCAGACAACCCCAACUAAUCAGCCGACCCCAACUAAUCAGACAACCCCAACUAAUCAGCCGACCCCAACUAAUCAGACAACCCCAACUAAUCAGCCAACCCCAACUAAUCAGACAACCCCAACUAAUCAGCCGACCCCAACUAAUCAGACAACCCCAACUAAUCAGCCAACCCCAACUAAUCAGACAACCCCAACUAAUCAGCCCCAACUAAUCAGACCCCAACUAAUCAGACAACCCCAACUAAUCACAACCCCAACUAAUCAGACAACCCCAACUAAUCAGCCGACCCCAACUAAUCAGACAACCCCAACUAAUCAGCCGACCCCAACUAAUCAGACAACCCCAACUAAUCAGCCGACCCCAACUACUCAGACAACCCCAACUAAUCAGACAACCCCAACUAAUCAGACAACCCCAACUAAUCAGACAACUUCAACUAAUCAGCCAACCUCAACUAAUCAGCCGACCUCAACUAAUCAGACAACCCCAACUAAUCAGACAACUUCAACUAAUCAGCCAACCUCAACUAAUCAGCCGACCUCAACUAAUCAGACAACCCCAGCUAAUCAGACAACAACAACUAAUCAGUCAACUCAAGCUAAUCAGACAACUUCAACUAAUCUGCCAACCACAACCUCAACUAAUCAGACAACCACAACACUAAUUACUAAAAACUCUACAACUUCAACCACCAAGACGACAACUACCACAAGAAGCACAACAAUCACCACAACAGCAUCUACUACAACAGCUACAAUAUCUACCUCCACAAGUACAUCUACUACCACAAUUUCUACAUCUACCUCUACUUCAACUGCAACAUCUACCUCCACAAGUACAUCUACCUCCACAAGUACAUCUACCUCCACAAGUACGUCUACUUCCACAAGUACAUCUACUUCCACAAGUACAUCUACCUCCACAAGUACAUCUACCUCCACAAGUACAUCUACUUCCACAAGUACAUCUACCUCCACAAGUACAUCUACCUCCACAAGUACAUCUACCUCCACAAGUACAUCUACCUCCACAAGUACAUCUACUUCCACAAGUACAUCUACUUCCACAAGUACAUCUACCUCCACAAGUACAUCUACCUCCACAAGUACAUCUACCUCCACAAGUACAUCUACCUCCACAAGCACAUCUACCUCCACAAGUACAUCUACCUCCACAAGCACAUCUACCUCCACACAAGCACAUCUACUUCCACAAGUAAUCCACUCCACAACACAUCUACCCACAAGUACAUCUACUUCCACAAGUACAUCUACCUCCACAAGUACAUCUACCUCCACAAGUACAUCUACUUCCACAAGUACAUCUACUUCCACAAGUACAUCUACCUCCACAAGUACAUCUACCUCCACAAGUACAUCUACUUCCACAAGUACAUCUACCUCCACAAGUACAUCUACCUCCACAAGUACAUCUACUUCCACAAGUACAUCUACUUCCACAAGUACAUCUACCUCCACAAGUACAUCUACCUCCACAAGUACAUCUACCUCCACAAGUACAUCUACCUCCACAAGCACAUCUACCUCCACAAGUACAUCUACCUCCACAAGUACAUCUACCUCCACAGCCAGUACAUCUACCUCCACAAGUACAUCUACCUCCACAAGUACAUCUACCUCCACAAGUACAUCUACUUCCACAAGUACAUCUACCUCCACAAGUACAUCUACCUCCACAAGUACAUCUACCUCCACAAGUACAUCUACCUCCACAACAACACUUCCCUAAAAUACAUGCUCUACAACACGUACAAGUACAUUAAGAACGACUGUACUUCUACAAUAUUACGUCAUGUAGUACCAUCACUUCUUAUAAUUAAAUAUUUAUCAAUUAUGUAUGAGAAUAAGAUAUUUAAUAUUAAUAAUAAAGAAUCAUUAACUACUUUAUGACUUGUGGUUGGACUAAUAUUUAUAUAUCACUAUAUCACUGUCAGGGUAAAUUAACACUUGGUGACUGUAGUAUUUAGUCGUGGCACAGAACCAAAUAAUACCUAAAAUUAUACCGAUAAACAAGGCCAUUUGUGUGACCUGGAUAUACAGACUAAUAACUGUUGUGACUUUAACGCUCUCUCAACAGAUUUACUAACAAGGGUAAACCAUUCAAGGUUAUUGAUAAUAAAUAAUACUAUAAUCAUUAUUAUUUCCAAAAAGUCGGUAAUGUUACCUUAAGCAACAGUAAAAACAAAGUGCGUUCUUAUCCAGCGGGCACCAAAAAAGUUCUCAAUAGGUCCUCCCACCUUUUAUUUUUUACCCACACCUUACUUAUGGGUUCAGCUGUAACUAAGAGCUGUAAUAUUAGCUUGGACUUCCCACCUGUCGACUCUUUAUGAGCUCAUCAUUUUUUCUAACUCUAAUGUGAUAUCGGAAUAAUAAACAACACCCCAAAUCCCUAAAGUACAGAAACUACCAUUUAUUGAGAUGUUGGACAAAACGUGGACACCCAGCACGACACCAGGAGGACCCCACAAGUUGUUUCAGUGUCCAGCGUCUUAAGGUUGAACACUGUGUUAGAAAAGGAAGUCUAGAACAAAACUAAGAAGGAUUUUAUACCCAUUCCUAUAUAUAAUGUGACGUUACACUGCACUACCACACCCCUUACUGGCAGGUGUAGUACGUCACAUCUUCACUUGACGACAGCAUUAACUAUCUUCGCUUUUUACAUAUAAAUUAAAAAUAUAUGUUAAUUAUUCAUAACAUCUAAAGAUAAUAAAAUGGAUCAUGUAUAACGUCUGAUUAAAUGUAAUGAAUUAUGUAAAAUCACUAAUUUAUCUUAAUGGAAUAAACCAACUAAAAUGAAAA